AUGUCGGGUCCUACACCCAGUAUGAAUGGUUCUGCAGUAGAUCCCGCAGAACCUCAUCAGCAUUCCAGGUUGGUUCCACUGUCUCCGGGUUCUAAUACGGGCCACAAUACUGAUAACGAUGCCUCUUCUUCUUUGGCAAAAAUAGACCAGGAUCUGAGCCUUAUUGAGAACCAUCAAGACAAAGUCCAAAUAUCCCAAAAUGCCAUUGGUCAGGCAAAUCUUUCUGAUACAGAUGAUCGACCGAUUGCCACCCCAGACGAAAUACGGGAUCUGCUUCACGUCGUCGACGACAUUCCUGUAUUGCUUUGGGUAGCUGCCCUUGCAGGUAUUCUGGAGCGAUUUGUCUGGUAUGGUGCUACGGCUCCACUUCAGAACUACUUGCAAAAUGCGCCCGGUGGAGGGCUUCCUGGUGCGCUGGGACUGGGACAGGCGGCUGCAACCAAUAUUGUGAACGCGCUGAUGAUAGGAUCCUACAUUACACCUGUUCCUGCUGCUGUUCUUGCUGACUCGUGGCUCGGUCGCUACAAGACAAUGAUCUACUCGGCUAUUAUCGAGGCUAUCGGCGCGACAAUUCUAUUUGCGACUUCGUUACCUAUUGCGAUUCGGGAGGGGGCUGCUCUCGCUGGAGUCAUCGUCGCCUGUAUCUUGCUGGCUGUGGGAUCGGGGGGAUUCAAAACCUCUGUGGUUCCAUUUCUUGCGGACCAAUACACAGCCACCGAGUUCCGGAUCAAGAUCAAAAGUGAUGGGCAAAAGGUUGUUGUCAGUCGAGAACUGACUAUUACCUAUAUCUACAAUGUAUUCUACUGGGGUGUGAAUAUAAUUUGCUUCGCGGCCGACAUGACUCCUUUGCUCGAGCGAUAUGUUGACUUUUGGCUCGCCUAUCUAAUUCCAUGCUGUGCUAUGUGGCUGGCAUUGAUCCCGAUUUUCGUCAGUGCCAAACAUUUUUUUCGAGCACCACCGACAAGUAACAUCAUGCCGCAGGUCGCGUCAGCACUCAGACUUGGAAUUGCGGGAGGGUUCAAAAUGGAUUCCGCCAAACCCGAGGCUCAGAUCCAACGUGGCCGACAGGUCCCAUGGGAAGAGUCUUUCAUUGAAGAUAUCAAGCGCAGUCUAUUGACAUGCCGUGUAUUACUCCUCUUCCCUAUCCACUGGCUUUGCUACAACCAGACAUUCAACAAUCUUAUCUCCCAAGCUGGACAGAUGGUCACUUACGGCAUUCCAAAUGACAUGAUGAAAAUAGCCGGUCCCAUAUCUGGAAUCAUCGUCGCACCCGCUAUCCAGAAAGGUCUAUACCCAUACUUGACGAAAAAGCGCAUCACAUUCGGUCCUAUCGCGCGUAUGGUAGUCGGAUUCAUCUGCCUCACCGUCUCAAUGGUUUACAUCACUAUCGUUCAAAAGCUCAUUUAUGAGGCGGGACCGUGCUAUAAAUACCCCCUCACAUGUAGCGCUUCCGAUGAUGGCACCAUACCAAACCAGAUAUCAGUGUUCCUCCAGCUGCCAAUAUAUUUCAUUGGGGCUUUGGCGGAGGUGUUUUGUCUGACGACAGGAACUGAGUACGCGUAUAACAAUGCCCCAGACAGUAUGAAGACACUUGUUCAAGCCAUCUGGCUUUCUAUGGGUGGUAUUGGAUCUUGUCUUGCUUUGGCUUUUACACCUUUGACUGAAGAUCCUUACCUUGUUACUAUGUAUGCGAUUCUUACGGGACUUUUGGGUGGUGCGACCUUUUUGCUGUGGAUUUUGUUUCGCCGUUUGGAUGUUUCAAAGACCGAGGAAAGUGUCUAG